AUGCCGGCCGCGCGCGUGGAGUACGUCGCGCCCUGGUGGGUGGUGUGGCUGCACAGCGUCCCGCACCUCGGCCUGCGCCUGCAGCCGGUGGACAGCACCUUCAGCCCGCGCGACGAGAGUUACCGGGAGUCUCUGCUGUUCCUGGGGCUGGUGGCCGCCGUCUGCCUGGGCCUGCACCUCAUCCUCCUCACGGCGUACCUGGUCUGUGUGUGCUGCUGCAGGCAGGACGACGCGGUGCAGGCCAAGCGGCGCAGCUCCUGCUGCGUCACCUGGACGGCCGUGGUGGCCGGGCUCAUCUGCUGUGCUGCGGUGGGUGUUGGUUUCUAUGGAAACAGCGAGACCAACGAUGGGGUGUACCAGCUGAUCUACUCCUUGGACAACGCGAACCACACCUUCUCUGGGAUCGAUACCCUGGUGUCGGGAACCACCCAGAAGAUGAAGGUGGAACUAGAGCAGCACCUGACCCGGCUCAGUGAGAUCUUUGCCGCCCGGGGCGAUUACAUCCAGACACUGAAGUUCAUGCAGCAGAUGGCGGGCAACAUCCUCGGCCAGCUCUCAGGGUUUCCCGAGUGGGGAGAGGUCACGGCCGAGCUGACCAAGCUGUCCGACCAGACUGGCUACGUGGAGUACUACAGGUGGCUCUCCUACCUCCUCCUCUUCAUCCUGGACCUGGUCCUCUGCUUCAUCGCCUGCCUGGGGCUGGCCAAGCGCUCCAGGUGUCUCCUGGCCUUGAUGCUGUGCUGUGGGUUGCUGGCCCUGCUCCUCAGCUGGACGUCCCUGGCUGCUGACACCGCUACAGCAGUGGCCACCAGUGACUUCUGCGUGGCUCCUGACACCUUCAUCCUGAACAUCACGGAGGGUCAGAUCCGCACAGAGGUGACCCGUUACUACCUGUAUUGCAGUCAGAGCCUAAGCAGCCCCUUCCAGCAGGCCCUGACCAUCUUCCAGCGCUCGCUGACCACCAUGCAGAUCCAGGUCGUGGGACUGCUGCAGUUUGCGGUGCCUCUCUUCCCCACGGCAGAGAAAGAUCUGCUCGGAAUCCAGCUCCUGCUGAACUCAUCAGAGUCCAGCCUUCACCAGCUGACGGCCAUGUUGGAUUGCCGAGGGCUGCACAAGGACUACCUGGACGCCCUCACUGGCAUCUGCUAUGACGGCAUCGAGGGCUUGCUCUAUCUCGGCCUCUUCUCCCUCCUGGCCGCCCUGGCCUUCUCCACUGUGAUCUGCGCAGGGCCGCGGGCCUGGAAGCACCUUACCACCAGGGACAGAGACUACGAUGACAUCGAUGAUGACGACCCCUUCAACCCCCAGGCCCGCCGCAUCGCCGCCCACAACCCUCCUCGGGGGCAGCUUCGCAGCUUCUGCAGCUACAGCAGCGGCCUGGGCAGCCAGACCAGCCUGCAGCCCCCCGCCCAGACCAUCUCCAACGCCCCCGUCUCAGAGUACAUGAACCAGGCGGUGCUGUUUGGUGGGAACCCGCGCUACGAGAACGUGCCACUCAUUGGAAGAGGCUCCCCGCCUCCCACGUACUCUCCCAGCAUGAGGGCCACCUACCUGUCCGUGGCGGAUGAACACCUGAGACACUAUGGGAAUGAGUUUCCAGCCUAACACACUUUCAGGAGUUCCUGCCUCCUGGAUCCGUUUUGGUUUUUAAUUAAUGCAAAUGCAAGCUGCGUUUCUUUAAUAGAAACCAAAGGCAUCUGGAGACCCAGCUCAGGCUGCAGGACUGGAAGGCUCCUGCUGCCGCAGAGGAGCGGCUGAGAUUCCAGGGGAGUCAGCCUGGGGUUGGCUGAGAUUCCUGACCGAAGCCCCAGGCAGACAGAAGACCCCUGACUUGGACCAGACUCUCCCUCUUCUGGCCUCCUCUCCACACCAGAAAUGCCCCUCAGGUGCUUGGGCAUCCCUGAGCUGGGAGCCUGGUUCAGCCCUAUGUCCCACCCUCACCAGGUGGGGAGGGGCUGGGUCAGGCUCAAGGGUCCCAUUGCCAAGACUGUCCUGCUAGCACGGCCAAAAGCCCAGGUGACUGCUCUCGGAGUCACCUCUCUCCUGGCUGCAGGAAUGGGCAGCAUUUCCCUGCAGGUAAAGGUGGGAGGCUGAUCAGGAGAUGCUUUGAAGGGAGGUGAUGUCCCCGAUGAGACCGGACACUGUCCAAAGUAGUCUCCCGGGGCCAGAUGGACUCUUCCCGGGCCACACAGGGAAGGCAUUGGAGAGCUCUGCAUUGGAGGCUGGUGGCUCCAGGGCCAGGGCACCGCAGGCUCGUGGCUGAAAGCCUGCCCCGUUCUGCCUGUCUUUCUCAGCCCUCCGGUGCCUCCCCUCCAGUCCAGAAUCGGGCUGGGAGUUUGUUUGCUGCAGAUAGGGGCGGUCUCAGGUAUGAACAGACACUUUGAAAGCAACUUCACUCUUUUUUUUUUUUUCAGUGUUUGAAAUAUUUUGAUUAUCCAAAGAAUUGAAACUCAUAACACAUCCCGUUUUUACAGUAGAUUUGGGGCUCAUUCCUUACACCUGGUUUCUAUACCAUGACUUUGCAGAUUUUGCCAGCAUCAACCAGCCAGUUCUUUAUGGAUCUGGAAGUGGGGGAGCGGGGAUUUUUAAACAAAAUAAAGAUCAGUGAGACAUCCCGGCCCAAGCGGCUGUUUGAUGGGGAUGUGGGUUCAUCCCCCUCAGGGGAGGCCCUUUAAGAAAGGAAAGAAGCUAAGAGGGACAACGGAGCAGAGCCCCCGUUCCAGGGAAAGGGCCGCAUGCCCAGGUCAACUGUCCCCUCCCUUUUGUCUUCAAGCAAGUUUGUCAUAAAAGGUUUCAGCACAGUGGGACGAUUGUGUCUUGACCUGAAGACAGGUGUCUUCCCUACCUCCCCUCACUCCCUGUCCCCACCCUGUUGUCCUGGGCCCCUGUGCUGUACCUGCUCGGUGAGAAGGAACUUGUUGGCCAGGAGGUAGUAAUGACCCACCAUUAUGCCCGCUCAGGGCCCAGGGUUAGGGUCUUCGGUGCUUCCACCCUCCUGUCAGCUCAGAGUGCACCACGCUGAAGCCCCCCCAGCCUCGCCCACCAAAGCAGGGACGUGGAGGGGUGGGAAACGGGCAAGGGCUCUGUUUCGGUUUUGGAAGAGCCACCUUCACAUCAGAACACUGAUAGCAGAGUGGUUCUCGGCCCCCAGCCAAGCCUCCACGGCAGAACGGGGCCACAGGGCAGCCAGAACCCGGUCUCACCUGCAUUAACCUGUACAUACUGUGCGCCAGAAACACACCUUCAGAUGGCCGCGUCGCAUGCAGAUGGCAACUCUGCGACGUCAAGGUGUUGCUUCUUAACGUUCUUUGUUGGCGACUAGAGAGUUGUUUUUAAUGCAUGUAAACUAAACCAGAAUCCCUUGGGUGGUUCCUGAAGGAGCCAGGUGGGCACAUCUCUGCUCGAUCCAUGUGCGCCUCACCUGGGGGAGAAAUAAACCACUUGUACUAAAAUGUG